CAGCGUAGGGACCUCCAAGCAGACAGAUACCCGGUCUGCAGCGCUCACACACCGGACACUGGACUCUGGGGCUCUGGCUGCAUUUACUAAUGUGGAGGACCUAUUAACAACACUCGAAAAAAACUGAACACUUUUUGUUUCUGCUUACACUUGGUGAUCAUCGGUUUGUUUAAAGAUGCGGGCUUAAUCAGUUUUUACCAUACAUUAUAGCUAAAUCAAACAUUUCUUUAAGCAGUUUUCUGCUAGGAUAACCACACUAUGUUGUGGUGAUGCUGUCAGGUUGUUUUUCUCUCCUUGCGCAGUGUAACUCAGCUGGAGACGCAUAGGAUGCCAUGCAAUCCUAAAGUAGGUGACUCCAAGCUUGACACGCAAACAUUUCAAAGAAACAAAAAGGACGUAAUCUUGCGGAUAUUUUCUGUUUAAACAAACGAACACAAUGGACGAAGGCACUGCCGGCGAGACAGUCCCAGAUCUGAAAGACAUAGAGGUGAAAAUCGGCCGGAAGACCCCCGAGGGUUUGCUCAGGUGGAUGCGGGAGGAGGCAUCUUCUCACCGGGGAGAUGCCAAGCUGGCCACCGCGCACGACACCAGUGAGGAGACGGGCAGGAAGAGUUUGGAUGACAAGAUCAGGAAAUUGAAGCUGGAGAUGGCUCACUUGCGCUCAGUGGACGUGAAGAUCUUGCAGCAGUUGCUGGCGGUCCAUGAAGGCAUCGAGGCGGUGAAAUGGCUGCUGGAGGAGCGCAGCACGCUCACAAGCCGCUGCAGCAGCCUGACCAGCAGCCAGUACAGCUUGGGUGAGGGCCCUGACACCUCGUGGAGAGGCUCCUGGAGUAGCCUGCAGGACCCCAACGACAAGCUGGAUAACAUCUCCAUCGGCAGCUACCUGGACACCUUGGCGGAUGACAUGGACGAGUAUUGCCCCUCCAGCUCGGAGUUGGUCAUCUGCUCCACCACCCCAAUGGUCUCAGAGGCUACUGCUGCGGGCCGGACAGUGGGAGGCCCCGGGGCCACGGUCACUGCACCUGGUUCUGUUUCUGGGGCUGUGGGAGUCAGGACUGUGGUAAAUGAAAAUGGAACUGGGGUCGGAAAUGGGAAACCAGCUUUUCCAUUAACCUUUUCCCAAGCCAAGCCUGAAGGCCCCAAACAAGACGCUCCGGUUUGGACGAAGGCUUCUGAGAUCGAUAAAGAAAGCCCAGUUCCUAAGGCCAAUAACCAUACUCAAGUCAUCAAGGCUAAUGCCGUCUUGGAGAAACCAAACGUGCAGACAGGCAGCCCAACCCGCCCAAUGCGCCCAAGCCUCAACGAGAAACUGGGAACCAACCAGAGCCCCAAACUCAAACCUUACAAAAAUGGAACGAUCGACUUGGAUACUUGCAAAAUGAACGGCAAAAUGCAUCUAGAGUAUGACUCGCACUGGCGAUGGGUGCAGUCGCAAGAAGAUGUGACGUUUUUGUAGAGGGAGGGAUAAUGACAGAGGGGACUAAAGCCACUAUUGAACACCCCUCUGAAAAUGUAUUGACCAGAUCCCUGAAGGAUAGCAGAAGAAGAGUGAACUGCUGAUGUAUGAAACCCAGCAAGGCUUUCCUUGUUGACAGACACUGGGUUUGUUGUGCCCUCCUGUGACUGCACUAACUUUCUAUGAAACAUUGAUGUCAGUAUUAUGCUGGAUGCACAUUUCAGGAUUUUGAACAUAAUAUAGCCAAACAGGGCUGCCUAAGAAAAAUUCAGACAAGACAAUUUUGAAAUCCUUUGUCCUAGUUUUUCUCAGGGUAUUUAUUUCCCCCCCCAAUUUUUUUUUAUUUUCUAAAGCACAGUAUGAUGACCUGCCGGAGAACUGAAACAUAUAACCUGUGUAAAUUAAAAGAUUUUAAUUAUAAUUAGACUUUUUAUUCCCCCCCAAAAAAUCCCAUAAACUACAAUUUAUUUACACAUACCCCUCAAAGAAUAUUGCUCUGGGAUCUCCUUAAUCACUUUAUAUGUCAAGGGAUGGGCCUAUAAGUCCGAUGGCACUAAUAAAGACGAUUGUACUGCAUGAACAUUAAUAGAAGACCAAAGUUUUCCCUUCUUCUUUUAGUCAGAAAUGUAAUUGAUGCUACAAAUAGGUUGUCUUAGACAAUAUAACUAAGCACUUGAUGGUCAUAUACAGUAUUACUUAAUACAUUGUUAACAAAACCUGAAUAUUAAAGCUUGUUUCUUCGAACGUGUUGCUGCCUGUGAAAAAGUAGAAGACAUUAAUAUAGAACACAGAGCACUGAGGUUAGUGAAGGUUUCCCUUAUUGAGAAAUAAUGUACUAAUUUGUGUCUUUGUGAAGCUAAAUACCUUCAGUGCUUAUCCAAUCAUUUGCAAUAUUGUAUGUUCCUUAAAUCGCAAUACAGCUACUCUGUGCAUCAGGUACUAGUCGUAAUUGGUUGUAGGCAAAUACUAAAUAUGGCUGAAUUUUUAAUUGUAAUCUUUAUGGUUACCUGUGUACGUUUUUCUAAGCUGAUGUUGUGCCUGAUUGGUGUAAACCUUAACUGCAUAUGCCUGUACCUUUCCCUCCUGAGAUGACUGCACUGCUGUUAUGAUAAUCUGAGUCUUUGUACUCCUUUUAUUAUUUUUUGCCUCUUGCUUGCGUGUACAAAUGACCACCAGUCUGUGUGCUCUCGCCAUGUGAGCGUUGACUGGUAAAUGCGUUAUGUUGGCUCGGAGGAUAUUGCAUGCUGUGGUGAGAGCUUUAUUGGUUGUAUCUUGAGAAAUGUGUGGAAGACCUAAAACAAUCAGAGAAGAACAGCAAUAUUUCUUGAAGCCUUUCUAGUGGCUUAUAUAAGCAACCUCUUCUCAAAUCUAAUAUUAUCAUCCGUUCUUCAGGAGUUUCCAAGACUACUGUUAGGGAGAGGGAGAGGGUGUGUGUGUGUGUGUGUGUGUGUGUGUGUGUG